GGGGAUCUCCCUUGAUCGACACAGUCAACCAAUAUGGAGAACGGAGAAAGUAGUACUCGGAUCCCUCAAAAUCGGAUAGAUAUGACUGCUGGCAAAAGAAAAAUAGGGAGACCUUCGGUGCCAAGCAAUAUCAAAAGGCAGAGAAGAUUGGAGAGGCAGAAGGACUACCGAACUCAUCAUAAAGCUCUAUUGUUGGAGUUGGAAGUACACGACCGAUGGCUCGCGCUCGCCAAGCGAAUGCAUGUUGCUCCCCGUGAUCUGGCCGUGGUGCUGCUGGAUGCGGCGGAAGGCUCUAAUCUCCUCGGGCUCGAUUCAAAACCAGGCUCAUCAGAAAUCAGACCAGAACAGACCUCAUUGGCCACCCAGCAAUCAGAUGUUUCUUUGCCGUCAGCUUCCGUGGAUCCUGAAAUGAGACACGUUUCAUCACAUUCUGACCCUCUUAUGAGUUCAACCCCUGCCACCUUCCCACCUCUUCCUGACAGGAAUUCUGCUGAAUCAAGCUGUGGAGCAGUGUGCAUGUCUUCCGUACCAGGUGUUGAAUCCUUACAAGGCACUCCAACUGUGGUUCCAAGAAUAAUCCUAUCAAACAUCAUGCCAAAGCUGGAGGGCUAUGAGUUCUGGGAGAAAACCCUGGGCAAACCUCGCUUCAUCGUCGCUCCUAUGGUGGAACAGAGUGAGCUACCAUGGCGAAUAUUGAGCAGACGACACAAGGCAGAAUUAUGCUACACACCCAUGUUCCAUUCCUCCGUCUUCACGAAAAACCCGCGCUACAGGAAAGAAGCGUUGGCAUCGUGUGAGGAAGACAGCCCCCUCAUUGUUCAGUUCUGUGGCAAUAAUCCAGAGGUGUUUUUAGAAGCUGCCAUGCUAGCUCAGGAUCACUGUGAUGCCAUCGAUCUCAACCUAGGAUGUCCACAGUCCAUUGCAAAGAGAGGUCAGUAUGGAGCGUAUCUUCAGGACAAAUGGGAACUGAUCAGUAAAAUAGUGAGCCUUGCCCACGAGAAGCUUUCAGUACCCAUCACGUGCAAGAUCCGCAUCUUCCCGAGCGUGGAGAAGACAGUGCGCUAUGCUCAGAUGCUUGAGAAGGCUGGCUGUCAACUGCUCACGGUCCACGGGAGGACAAGGGACAUGAGAGGGCCCGUGACGGGAAUGGCUGAUUGGUCUGCCAUCAAGGCCGUCAAAGCUGCCGUCAAGAUCCCUGUCUUUGCCAACGGCAACAUCCAGUCCCUCCAGGACGUGCAUCGAUGCAUGGAGGAGACGGGCGUGGACGGGGUGAUGACUGCCGAGGGGAACCUCCACAACCCCGCCCUCUUUGAAGGAACCCACCCCAAGGUCUGGGACAUCACUGAUGAAUACAUUGACCUUGUCAAGACCUACCCUACUCCACUUUCUGCUGUCAGAGCACAUCUCUUUAAAAUCUUGCAUCACAGCCUGAUGGUUCACAUUGAUCUGAGGAUAGACCUUGCCAGGGCAAAGUCAAUAGGUGACUGUGAGGAGAUCUGCAAAACACUCCGGGGUCGCUGUGAGGAAGAUGCUGCCAAGCCUGAUGCUCCUACGAAACCAGAAGACGGCAAGCUGCCCCAUUGGCUCUGCCAGCCUUAUUUCAGGCCCAGUCCAAAAGAGGCUGAGGCUAAGCGGGCAGAGAAGAAUCGAAAGCGCCCUCUCUCGAUGAUCAUCGACGAUUUGAACAACGAAGGCCUGUCAAAGAGUCAGAUUAAGAAGAGAGUGCGCAAUCCCAGCGUUAUAUUCCAUAGACCAGUCAGGCAGUACGAGAAGUGUGCUAAGUGUCCCAAUCCCAGGGGUCUAAAGUGUGUGUUCAGUGAAUGUAGAGCUUGCUGUAAACAUACAGCACAUAAAGCAGUAGCCGAUUGUCCUGGCCACCACUUGCUCUUCGCAACCAAGAAGCUCAAGUCAGAUCGGUGGGAGGCAGAGCAGAGAGAGAAGGGCUUGCUGACGGCUACAACCGCCGCUGGCAAUGCUUUAAACCUUGACACAGAGGGCAGCAAUGCUGAACAGGCAGGGACGACGAAGCAGCUAGAUUCCGGCUAAAUCACGGGAGAAUUGAAGUAGUGUGCGCUGACCUUUGCGCUGACUUUUGACCUAUUGCCUUGAGAUUGCAGACUUAUAGAUAUUUAUACUUCAGAUUCAGGGAUAUAUAUGAGCGACGAAACGUGUGGCUGUGGACUCUAAAACAUUUGCAAUCUAAAUUAUGAAAGAGUUUCUUCACGAUGGUUGUAAUACUGGUUUAAAGUUCUUAUGUCACAUCCAAAAAGUAAAGAUAACCUGUAACAGUUUUGAUGUCUAGAGUUUAUACUGACAAUUCACGUCUGAGGAAGAUGUCUGAACUCUAGACAUCGAAAGUGUUAGAUGUAAUUUUUACUUUUGGAUGUAAUGUAAGAACUUCAAACCGGUAUUAGUCGGACUAUAUACGAAAUUAUAGAGCAUGGCUAUAGAUUAUAUUGAGGUGUUCAUGCUACCGAAAAUGAAGAUAAUGCAGAAUGGAUCAUGUCUCUAGGGUAACAUUUUCCAAAGAAUGACCUUGUAACGUUUUGAUUGAACAGUCUCCUGCUUACUUUACUAUCCAAUAGUGAUCAUGACUGAAAAAAAGAAGAAAUUUUAAAUUGUAUAAACAUUUGAUUGCGAAUCCUGCUGCUCACUAUACGAUCCAACACUGAUCUUGACUUUGAAAAAAAAAAAGUAAUGUUGGAAAUGUAAUUUCAACAUUAUGAAUUCUUACUGAUUGAUAUUCCUAUUGGUUGUACUAUUAGCAAACUCGACAUUGCAUGAUGUAGGACAGUUAUGACUAUGAGUGGUCUAAUGUCACUACGAUUUGCUGCUUAUAAAUCAGGCAUUUCUUUGCAUAAUGGAAAGCCCACUGUAUGCUGCAUGACUUUGCUAAUCAUUACAGUGAGGAACCUAAAUCAGGAAGACUUUUUUUUCAAAGUCGUAACUAAUGAUAGUGCCACGAUUCAGGAAGUGGACCACAGUCCUAUUGUACAGUGAGCACUGGGGUCAAGUACAAACAAUUAACAUUUUCACUCUGUGUUGUAUCUUAAAUUAUCCAAUUAUAUCUUUUAUGUAGAAAAUUGAUAUUUAGCAAAAAAAAAUUCUUCACAAUUCUAUGACAACAACUGUACAAUGUUCUCUACUUUGAACCUCUGCAGCAUGGAGACCUUCUGUAACCACUGACUUUAAAUGGUCAUAGUACAUGUAGUGGGUUAUUAUAGGGAAUUUGACACCAUUCUGGUGUUUACCAAUUAACAGGUGUUGUGACUCACAAAGAUUGGACUUCACUUUAUUGACAAGUCUUGUGUAAUGCACUGUGCCCUAGCCUACCACCUUAAAGAUUUGUCAUCAUGAUAUUACAUUUCCCUUACCCUUGAGAUACGAAGGCAUGUCAGAGUAUUUUUAUGUUGCGACAACGGGUUUGCUGCUUCAGAGCCCUUUGCAUGCACAUAAACAUUAUUUGGUAAUUUAACCCAAUCUGGUGUCGGUGAAUUAUGAUGCAACACACAUGGACACUGACUAAUAUGUGGUGUUAAUACUGUCUGGAUCAUGGUCAUGCUUUACUGAGUGAAGCCAAAAUGUUUAUACGUUAGGAUGAUCAAAAUAUGUGAAACCCAUGGGGAGAUCUGUUGCAUGUUCAAACCGUCUAUGUGUGAACCAUGUGUGUCUUUUGGCUCAUAUUUAAAAUGGAGAUGUAACCAUCAUUAAGAUGAAAAAUGGUUGACAGCAAAUGAAAAAUGUUUCUGACAAUCGAAAUCAAAAUCUCAUAAUUCAAAAUAGCUAGUAUCAUAUGUGGCCUGUAAGAUGGAUGAAAUAUGAGCCACUUGCAUUGAAGAUUGAUACCCCAGUUCUCUUUCUAGUUAUAAACACUAAAUUGAGUUGUGCUGUUACAUCUCAUUUAUUUUGAUUUCUGUAUAACCGUCAUGUAAAACCUGGCGGUGAAAGUUUAACCAAAAAUAUAAUGUACUAAUAAAAUUCAAUUACCGGUAUGUAGGACUUGACCCAAAGUAGCAGACAGUUCUUGCAGAAAAACCACCCAACAUUUUAGUACUUUUUCAAUACUACUGUCUGCCAUAGUGGCUUCAGUCUCAUAUGAUCCAAAUUGAAUUUAAAUGUUUAUUAUAAUGGUCAGUCAUACCUAAGCAAAAUAAUGGGGUUUGGUGUGUUGGGGUUGGUAAACUGACGGUUAAACGUUUUAAUACCACACUAAAUCUACCACACUAAAUCAUCUUUUAAUCUGCUAGGCACCUUUGCUUAGUUUUUACAAUAUGCACAGAUGACAGCAAUUUUGUAUAAUAGCGACAAUGUCUUUUAAUUCUUUUAAUCAUGUACAAUGUUUGAAGUUUUAUACAAUACACUACCAUAAAAA